UUCUAAAUUUUGUUCGUCCUGAUGACCUGAAACUUGAACAGUGUUCCUGUCUUUCUCUUUCUCUUCCUGAGAGCACGUUCUGACCUACUGACUAUUUCUGAUGUUUUCUGCUGUUGAACUGCACUAGUAGCUCAAUGGGAAUGAGUUUUGUACUAUGGUGCCAGCACAAGCUUCUGCGGAUGAGUGACCUACCAUGGAGAGUGUUUAUGUUGGACAGCAGGUCCAAAUUAAAGGCCUGUAUGAAGAUACAGAGUCAGUACAAAUCCCAAGGCAACCAACUGAUCCCAGAUGCACCAGCAGAACAGGCUCUGGUCUACCAGAGAAUGUUUGAGGUUCUAACUCUGCAUCAGAAGAUGGCUGAUUAUGCGUUCUACAAUUGGAGGGUCCCAGAACCAGAGCGACACGAAAGUGCACUGGCAAGAAAUAAAGCUGCAUUGACAUCCGAGUUUACCCUCUGGGAAGGAUAUCUGGGGAAGAUGGGACCCCAAUCAUAUAUAGCGGGGAAAAACUUCACCAUGGCUGAUGUCAUGCUGUUCCCACACCUGGCCCUCUGUGUCCGAUUUGGGUAAGUCACUGACUGUGUUUGUUUUAUUGUUGAAU